UCAAGGUCGAAUUUCUUCCUCCAGCGAUUUAGUCGACAACUGUUGCUUUUCAGUGAGUUUUCCUUUUCCUUUCAUUCGAGACUGAUUCCGUCGCUUUUUCUCCCCGCACUUCCCCAACACCAAAAAGGAAAAAUGGAAAUGCUGGUCAACCUUCAAGAUGAACUCCUGGAGAUGGAAACUGGAUUAGACAACACGAGCUCCAAUACCACCUUAAAGGAACCCAUGAACAUGACUUUAUUUCCCUAUUAUCAACAUUCAGUGUAUGUGGCGACAAGUUAUAUCCUGGCUUACUUCUUCAUCUUCUUGCUGUGUAUGGUGGGGAACAUGCUGGUGUGCCUCAUCGUGCUGGGAAACCAUCAUAUGCGCACGGUCACUAACCUCUUCAUCUUAAACUUGGCUAUCAGUGACCUCCUAGUGGGUAUCUUCUGUAUCCCGACAACACUUGUGGACAACCUCAUCACAGGUUGGCCAUUUUCCAACGUCGUGUGCAAAAUGAGUGGUUUUGUGCAGGGUGUGUCUGUGUCUGCAUCAGUCUUCACAUUGGUGGCAAUCGCCGUUGAAAGGUUCCGCUGUAUAGUGUAUCUGCACAACAAGUCCACCAUAGUCACUGCCAAGGCAGCUAUUGGUUUUAUCUGGAUACUAGCCAUGGUGAUCAUGUGUCCAGCUGCAGUCGCAUUGACUGUGGAGGAGGUUCCUUUGCACUACAUGGUCUACAAUGAUGAUUUAAACCACACUUUACCUCUGUACACCUGUUAUGAAAACUUUGCCAACCCAAAGAUGACAAAGGUUUACACAGCAGUUCUUUUUGCUCACAUCUACAUGAUUCCAUUGAUAAUCAUCACACUAAUGUAUGGUAACAUUGGAGCUAAACUAUGCUCAUCUGGGGUUGCAAAUAGAAUGUCACAGGAGACUAACAUCCAGGCCAGGAGUAGGAGACGGGGUAAGCCAGUGUUUUCACAGAAAAAAAUUCAGGCGAUAAAGAUGCUGAUCCUUGUGACCUUGCUUUUCAUGUUGUCAUGGUUACCACUCUGGACCGUCAUGAUGAUGGCAGAUUAUGCAGGCUUGGAAAGAGACCAACUAGAUCUAUUGACCAGCUAUAUCUUCCCCUUUGCUCAUUGGUUGGCUUUCGCCAAUUCCAGCAUCAACCCUAUAAUCUACGGCUAUUAUAAUGAGAACUUUAAAAGAGGAUUCCAAGUGGUGUCCAAUUUCCGUAUCUUCUCAAGUCUAAUGCAGUGGCCCAUAUGGAGGAGGAUGACUACAUGCCUGAGGAGAGGACGAUCUGUCCAAGUAUCUUUCGAAGGUAGCAAUUGCAGAAAUGAUGGUGGCAACAACAACCAGCUGUUAUUUGCAGUGAGAAACAGAGACCACAAUGACAAGGUCAACACUGACAAGUUUGAGUUAAACAGGAGUCAUAGGGUGAGGUCUAUGGCGGUCCAUUCAGGGAGGAGUGUUUUGCAUCAAGAGAUAGAAAUGGGAAUGAUGAAAAAGAAGGUAAGCCACAUUGACGAUGUAGGGAAGGCAAGCCCCUUGUCAGUUUCGCUGAAUCAAGCCUGGGAUAACUAAAUUUACUUAUUAUACACUUACAGUACACAAGUGGAAUUACCAGUUCACACUAUGCCAUAUCGCAGCCUGAAGGAAGAAAGAUACAUAUAAACUGCAACAUUGCUUAAAGGCUCAGGAAAAAACGGUGUGGGUAAUUGUGUGUUAAUAGCCCUGCUGAUUAAAUGAGUGGGCGUGUAUAUGCACAUACAGUAGUGUUCAAAAUAGGAGCAGUCCAAUAUGACUAACCAGAUUAAGCCCCGUUUUCAGUAUAUUUUUUUAUUGCUACAUGUCAAACAAGUUACCAGUAGCUGCAGUAGUUUCUCAGAAAACCAAUAAGACCCACCAUUCAUGAUAUACACACUCUUAAGGCUGUGCAAUUGGGCAAUUUGCUGAAAAAAAAUUGCAGUGGCAUUCAAUCAGUGAGGUCAUCAAUUUUGUGAAAAACACGUGUAAAUCAGGUGCCCCCUAAUUGAGGAUGAAGCCGCCACCUGUUGAAUAUUUCUCCUUGAAAGCCUGAGGAAAAUGGGGCGUUCAACACAUUGUUGAGAAGAACAUUGAUUAAAACUUUGAUUGGAGACGAGUAACCUUAUAAAGAGGUGCAAAAAUUUAUAGCCUGUUUAGCUAAAAUGCUCUCUAAUGGCUUAAAAUGGAGAGCAGAACCAGAGACACGUGGCAGAAAACGGAAGACAAUCAUCAAAAUGGAUCGCAGAAUAACCUGAAUGGCAAAGGCCCAGCCUGUGAGGAGCUCCAGGAUGGUCAAGACAGUCUGGACGUUGCCUGUAAGUACUGUGACAGUGAGAAGACAUCUGUGUGAAGCUAAUCUAUUUACAGGAAUCCCCCAGAAAGUCCCUCUGUUAAAAAAAGGCAUGUGCAGAAGAGACUACAAUUUCUCAAAGAACCUAUCAACUGGCCUCAAGAGAAAUGGAGGAACAUUUUGUGGACUGCUGAGAGCAAAACUGUUCUUUUUGGGUCCAGAGGUCGCAGACAGUUUGUGAGACGACCUCCAAACUCUGAAUUCAAGCCCCAUUAUACAAUGAAGACAGUGAAGCAUGAUGGUGCAAGCAUCAUGAUAUGGGCAUGUUUCUCUUACUAUGGUCUUGGGCCUAUUUAUUGCCUACCAGGGAUCAUGGAUGGGUUUGCAUGUGUCAAAAUAGUUGAAGAGGUCCUGUUGCCUUAUACUAAAGAGGACAUGCCCUUGAAAUGGCUGUUUCAACCAGACAAUGACCCCAAAGACUCUAGUAAACAUGCAAAGUCGAGACUGCAAACUACCAAAGAAUUCGUUGAGUGACAUAAAAAAUGUUGUUUCUGAAGAAAAACCAAGAAAUAUAAAUGAACUCUGGAAUGUCGUUAAGGAAUCUUGGAGAGGAAUAACAGCUGAAACUGAAUGGUGCUACAAGUUGGUUGACUUCAUGCCACACAGAUGUACAGCAGUUAUAAAAAAAAACUGUGAUCAUACAACUAAAUAUUAGUUAUGUUAAUCAAAGGAUUGGUAAAUCCUUGAAACAAAAUAGUCUGUACAAAAUAGUUUUGAGUUUGUAAAUUCAAUGGCAGACUGCUUUAAUUAUUUAUUUUUUUAACAUCUCUUUCAACAAAUUGCCCAAUUGCACAGCCUAAAGUGUGUGUACUGUACAUCAUGAAUAGUGGGUCUUGUUGGCUUUCUGUGAAUUUGCUGCACCUACUGGUAACUGACAUGUAGCAAUAGGGGGGAAAAAAAUACUGAAAACGUGGAUUAAUCUGGUUAGUGAGAUGCAUUGCAGUUCUUGCUUUACGGCCCUGCUGUAUUACAGAUUUUUGAUUACUUGAAUUUUUUUAAUUUUUUUUUAAACCUCGUACAAUAUCUUUGAGUUACUUAUUGCCCUUUCACUCGAUAAGUUAUGCCUGGCACAAUAGCAUGUUUUUUUAACCAUACUACAGUGAAUAUAAUCACAAAAGGUGGCACAGUAGAUGACAGAUUGGGACAUCUUCCUCACACCUCUGUGGACGCAGGUUCACAUCCAGCCUCACCUAUGUGGCAUUUACAUGUUCUACCAGUGCUUGUGUGGGUUUUCUCCUAGGACUCCAGUUUCAUCCCCCCAAAAAUUGCCUUCUAGGUUAUUUAAAGACUCUCUCUCUGAAUGUGAGAGCAAAUGAAUAUGUGCCCUGUGAUUAUCUUAAAAAUAAAUAAAUAAAUGAGAAUUUUAACUUCAAGAUGAUGGGGGUAAUUUCACUUCUUAGAUGCCCUCUUAUUUAAAAUAAACAGAUAAAUAAAUAAAAGAAUGUUUGACAGAGGCAUAGCAGAGUUGGACUACAGUCAAACCCAAAAUUUUUCUAAUCCUAAUUUUGUUACUUUUCAUGUGGUGGUUAUUUUUUUGCCUGAAAUGACAACUCUCAAAAGGCCAACAUAUUGCGUUGAGGUAUUAAAAUAGUGUCUAUAUAUCGCUUCCAUCAUAUUUUUUUAAAAAAAGAGUAUUUUUCGUUUACAAUCAAAUUUUUCCUUACAAAAUGCUCACUUUGAUUGCCAUCAGAGAGGUAUUACAAAAAAAGUAUAUUUUAUUGGUUGUAAUUUGCCUCUACAGUGUUUCGUAUAUAGAAGCCCAAAACCUAACUUUAGGUGAUCAUGUUAUGCAGUCUGAACAGUCAUUAUUUUGCUGCUGCAGAUUGUUGUUUGACAAUUUCAAUGGUGAAACAUGUUUUGAUUUGUUCGUCAAUUGACAAAAUUGCUUCACUGCAAAUAUGAAUACUGUAUAUGCAUUACUGUUGAAACAACAGUGUGGG